UGCCAACUCAAAUAUGUAGUGGAAGAAAAUGUAUUAGUUUACAAUGGAGAUGGACUCAAUUACGCUACCUUUGCGCUCACAGACGCCAUAGUUGGACAGAUAUAAUAAUGCGAUGUCUAUCUAAGUCUAUGGGUACCACAUACACGCCUCUAUCUUUUCUCAUCUGCAGCCACCACUUCACCGAGAACUUGCUUUUUUCGCUACUUUGUUGAGCGGUUUUGAAUGAGGACCAAAUUGCAUUGUGUAAUAUCAAUUAAGGAAUAAAAGACCGACGCUUCUGGAAAAGUCACCGCAGCACCCGAGCAAACAUCUUUCGAAAACCGGACUUACCAUCUCUGGCCUUUAUAUUAACUUCUACGCUACUGUGUUAAAAUGACAGCAAAGCACCGAGGGAAAAAGAACAAACACAAUCACGAAGACUUUAACCAUUUUAAUCAUGAAUCUUCGGUACCGGAGGCGCGAGGUGGAAACCAGUAUACGCUUUUGUUAAUUGUAUUCGUUCUGAUUGUGGUCGGAGGUGCAACGGCUGCAUGGUUCUGUUUUCAGCAACACCAAAGUAUAACCUACUUAGCAGACAACCUCAUGGGCAUGCAGAUGAAGAUGGUGAAGCUUCAGUCCUUCCAGGAAGAAAUUAUACAGACAAAUGAAAAGCUGCUCAGUACCGACGGCUUUGAGCAUCGCCUCAACACCCUGGAAGAGUCAUACGAACUGGCCCAGAAGCAGGUAGGCAUGGCCCUGGCCAUAGCUGAACAACUGAAGACCUCAGACCUGCCCACCCAGGUCCUCUCCCUACACACAGAGAUGAAGGCCCGGCUGGCAGAGAUGCAGCAGGCCACAGUGUCCGCGGAUCAGCUGACCCAGCUGCAGGCAAUGCUGAAGGGGAAGAGCGAAGAGUUUGAGGCUGUCCGGCUGCAGGUGGAGGGCCUGGCAAGGGUGAGCACGGAGAUGGCCCAGAGCGUGGAGGACCUGACAGGGAGCCUGGCGGAGGCUGAGUCCAAGCUGGAGGAGAGGGAAGGGCUGGUGGGCACACUGAGCGCCACAUUGGAGGGCCAGACAUCAGAGCUCCUAGGGCUUAAGGAACAGCUGGCUGCCAACCAGGCUCAACUUGAGGCCAGUACAGUGGAGAUCGCAAGUGUCAAGGAGCUGAUGGAGAUGGGGCAGUCUCAGAGGGCCCAGCAGGCCAGUGUGGAGGAGCAGCUGGUUACGGUAGAACAGAAUCUGCAGGAGCAGAACUCAGCGGCCCACAGUCUGCACUCUGAGCUCCUCACUCAGCUGGAGGCUGUGCAGAAACAGGUUGCCCAGCUGGAAGGAGGGUUUCAAACAGAUGAGCCCUCAGAGGAGGUGGCGGAGGAGACUGCUCUGGCUGCUGCUGAGGAGGUGGCAGAGGAGACUGCUCUGGCUGCUGCUGAGGAGGUGGAAGAGGAGGAGGUGGCAGAGGAGACUGCUCUGGCUGCUGCUGAGGAGGUGGAAGAAGAGGAGGAGGUGGUGGAGAAGGAGGCAGUUCACUUGGAUGGGGAGCCUGCUGAACAGGAGGACUCUGCUCUCACAGAGGAACAGACUGCUCCUGCAGAGGAGGAGAUGGUCGAGGAGCAGGAGGACUCUGCUCUCACAGAGGAACAGACUGCUCCUGCAGAGGAGGAGAUGGUCGAGGAGCAGGAGGACUUGGCAGAGGCAGGACCGGAAGAGUGGUUGGCAGAAGAGAAUGUAGACCAGGAAGAUUCUGAAGCAGAGGAGGAGCAAGGGGAGGAAGAAGACGAAAAAACAGAAGAAGAUGAGGCCUCUCCUGAGGAGGAAUGGUGAAUGUACGCAGCAAGGAAAGUCUUCUACAGUCACCGAACUCCGAGAGGAUAAUGGACACAUUCAGUCUGCAUCAUGACAAAUGGGAAGGCAUUGCCGAUGUUGAGGUGCAAUAAACAUGAACUUUUUCUCACCAAGGGGAAAAAUCAGGUCAAUAGGAUUCACACAAUUCUCUAGAAUCAGUAUUGUUACAUCAAUGAACGUGUGUAUGAGAGGGCUAACUGGUCAGGCGAUGGUUAAUAAUAUUCAGGACUCACCUGCCAACACCAACCUCAAAGCCUUAAUCUAUUUUAACACAGCUCUUUCUAUAGAUUAUUUUACGUACACCAAAAUGUAACUUUUUCUGCAAGCUCAGUUGAAACAAAGUGACAAGGAGGACUAACUAAACAGCCAAUAGGAAAACACUAAUUCACUCACACGAUCAAACAAAGCCAUAAAAUAUGCCCAUCUUGUUGAUAUGAAAUUGGCUUUCUUUUUUGUCAUUGUCUGAAAUGUCUUGUUGGGAUUUUAAUUAGAAUAAGAUAUACAGAACAAGAGUCCUAAUUCCUGUGUAAACAAAUAACAGCCUACUAAAGGAAUAGCAUGGGGGUAGCAAGGGCCAUAUCUGUGAAAUGCUAACAUUUAUGUACAGUUUUACUGAAGAUUGUUAGUCUAGUUGUUUUUAUUGACUUUUUUCUUUAAACUGUUUGUCUGUACACAAAGUGCGCUGUUACUGCCCAGGCAUUGGUUUCUUCUCUCACAACGUACCGUUCAUCUCAGAUCUCUGUGAUGUAUCUUUUAUAAAAUAAACCCUGGGCUAUCCUCUGGAUUUUUUUUUACAUCAA